GCACUUUUUCACCAAUAGAACCAACUCUCAACAUGAUUCACUCGGUUAUGAUAUUCAACAACGAUGGGGUUCCUCGUUUGCUAAAAUUCUACACCCCAGUGGAUCUCCCUACACAGAAACUUCUUCUCAAACAGGUGCACUCGCUCAUAUCCAAACGGACAGCCGAACAGUGUUGCUUCAUCACACCACCGCCGUUGUUAUCCGACAUGGAUGAAAUCAAGGUGAUCUACCGUCAUUACGCCACAUUGUACUUUGUGUUCAUCGUGGACGACCAGGAGUCCGAGUUGGGUACCUUAGAUUUAAUCCAUGUAUUUGUGGAGUGUUUAGACAAAUGCUUCGAAACCGUGUGUGAGUUAGAUUUGGUCUUUGGCUGGCAGGUGUUACAGGCGGUGUUGGAGGAGAUCAUCCAGGGCGGGAUGGUCAUCGACACAAACAUUACGCGUAUCGUGGGUGCGGUAGAUGAGGCAAAUAGUCAAACAGGUGGAGAUGUGGUUGGGAAUAGAGGGGGGAUCACCAGCAGUAGUCUUUUAUCGGCGAUGGGGAGGGCCAGGCGUUUAGGAUGGGGACGCUAAAAGAAAGUUUUUGAAGGAAGUUUACUGUGUUCAGUGUAUUAUAAAUAAUGCCAUAAGGUAUCGGUUA